UCUCAACCGGCUGCAAAACCCGCGAAGUAUAAAACGCCGGUUGCGUUAUAUCGCCGCAUCACAAACCGAUAAGUGAUAGAUCAUCUUCAAAGGUUAAUACCUCCAAAGUACCAAUUCAAAAUGGCCGCCACUUCUGAAAAUGUGUGCUGCAAAGUUGAUCAGAAAUGCUGUAAAGCUGACUCAAACUGCUGCAAAGACCAAGUCUGCUCCUGCGAUUGCAAGAAGGAUAAAUGCUGCACCAUCGACGCUAAAUACUGCCCUGAAGAUGCCGAAUGCUGUAUUGUAAAUGGCAAACGCUGCUGCAUUGAAGGGAAAUGUUCCGGUGAUGGUAAAUGCUGCCCUGAAGGUGCCAAAUGUUGUGUGAUCGAGGGCAAAAGCGUUUGCGUUGACGGCAAAUGCAUUCCAACCGGCGGCCAAUGCUGUCCCGGUGAAGAAAAAUGCUGUGGCAAGGACAAACAAUGUUGCAAGGACGGGAAACCAUGCUGCAAGAAAGACGACUGUUGCUAAGAAGGCCCUCCAAGAGUCGACAUAGUCAGAUAGUCUUCUCCAUGCCUUCCAUUUUCAUCAAUAUCUGUAACAUUUUCAAUAAUUUAUGAUUAUUAGGCUUAAUUCUUGACGAUACAUAUUUGUAAUUUUAAUUUGGUAAAUUUGCAGUAGCAUGACCAGCCAUUUUGCAAAGAAACUAUGUAUUGUAAAUUGUAAUGUUAAUUUUAAAAAUAAUGAAAUAAAUAUUUGGUUUUAAA